AUGGGCAUAUAUAUACGCCUUUCCUCCCACCCCUCCAAGACUCGCCCCCAUGCCCUCGCCGUCUCACUGACGGUGGUCCCCACCGCCCGACGCCACCAGGCCCCACUCCUCGGCAACCCCUCCCCUUCCACCCCCGGCGAAGAGAUCCGGCCGCCUCCGGUUGCUUGGAGCCGGCAGCCGCGAGUGCUGGGCGCCGGGAUGGAGGCGGUCGGCUCGCGCCGGUGGCCCGGAUCUCGCUGGCGGCGCCUCUCGGCUAGGUUAGGAGACAGCUCAAUUCUCUCGUGUGUUCAUCAGUUGCGUUUCCGUUGGAAAGCGGGAUGCUUUUCUUUGCUGUUAUCGGUUUCAGGGAGUGUGCAAACCGUGGUCACGAAUUGCCAAAAGAAAACUUGGUUCCUGCUGCGGAGGUAGUGGUGGUGAAUUGGUUGGGGAAAGAUGUUUGUUUCCUUUCCUUUUAGGGAUGCCAGAGGAGGACUGUGAACUCUUCGACUUCUGUGUGCUGAGUUUGUGUCAUAAAUCAGAGAAAUAAUGGAAGAUUUGCAAGAUUGCUACUCAAAAAGCCUGGUUGUCGUUCCUGGCUCUAUGGUUCUGGAUCUCUUUAGGCUGUAUGGUCUGCAGGAUCAGCAUUCCUGGCAGAAGUACAUACUAGCUUACUUUUUUUUGGUCAGGAAUGAUUUCUUCUCAAGGGAGUCGAAGAAACACUCAGAUGUGAAUCGACAAAAUGUUCACUGCUGUAAUAUUUUAGAAUUAGAUGUGGAUUUUUCAUUUGCUGCAGAUUUGGACAGUGAAGAACUGGAACUGCAGAAGCAGAAACCUGUUCUGAAGACUCAGUCGGGAGGUUAUUCAAGUGGCAACAGAUCAAAUGAUUGCUUCUUUCCAGGCCUUCAUGAUGACCUGGCUCAAGACUGCCUUGCUUGGACAAGCAGAUCUGAUUACCCAUCGCUUUCUUGUCUGAACAAAAAGUUUAAUUUGUUAAUUAACAGUGGAUAUCUGUACAAACUGCGGAGGAAAUACGGCAUUGUUGAGCAUUGGGUGUAUCUGGCUUGUAGCUUGAUGCCCUGGGAAGCAUUUGAUCCUUUGCGAAAGCGGUGGAUGAGGCUUCCAAGAAUGCCAUGCGAUGAAUGCUUCUCCUGUGCAGACAAGGAAUCACUUGCCGUUGGGACACAACUGCUUGUCUUCGGUCGAGAAUAUACCGGCCUUGCUAUUUGGAUGUACAAUUUACUGACUCGCAAUUGGUCCCGGUGCACUCCAAUGAAUCUGCCCCGCUGUCUUUUUGCCUCGGGAAGCUCAGGUGAGAUUGCUAUUGUUGCUGGUGGGUGUGAUAGGAAUGGACAGGUGCUGAGAUCUGCUGAGUUGUACAACUCAGAGACUGGCCAAUGGGAGACUUUACCAGACAUGAACUUGGUAAGGAGGCUCUCUUCAGGUUUCUUCAUGGAUGGAAAGUUUUAUGUCAUUGGGGGUGUAUCGAGCCAGAGGGAUUCAUUGACUUGUGGAGAGGAAUAUAAUCUUGAAACAAGGACCUGGAGAAGAAUACUUGCUAUGUACCCUGGAGGGACCAGUGCCUCUCAGUCACCUCCUCUUGUAGCUGUUGUGAAUAAUCAGCUCUACGCGGCAGACCAGUCGACCAAUGUGGUCAAGAAGUAUGACAAAGCAAAUAACACCUGGAACAUAGUGAAGCCAUUGCCUGUCAGAGCUGACUCUUCCAAUGGUUGGGGCCUAGCUUUCAAGGCUUGCGGUGACAGAUUGCUGGUCAUUGGCGGCCAUAGAGGACCUCGCGGCGAAGUAAUUUUGCUACAUUCUUGGUGCCCUGAAGAUGGGGACGGUGGUGCUGACUGGGAGGUGCUCUCGGUGAAGGAGCGUGCUGGUGUUUUUGUUUACAACUGUGCAAUAAUGGGGUGCUGAGUUACCUCUGUUUUGGUAUAUGCCCACUCGUUUAGCAAGUCAACCAUUUCUUUCUGCCCUUUAGCUACCCUUUAUAAUGACUUGUAAUUCAGAAAUGACACACCCCUCUUUUCAUGGAGCUCUCGAUUGAAUGUUUGGUAGAGAGCAUAGAACAUUCAGUUCAGUUUACCUGGAACUUCUUUUCUAACUCUUUCAGAAUUCUUUGUUCUGUCUAUUAUGAAAUUUAUGCAGUAUUCUUUAUUCA